AUGGCUGUAGUGUCCCAGGGCCCAUGCGCACUUCUCUUGGGCUUACUACUGUGUGUGCUCAACCCUUCUAUAUCCCAUGCGGAGAAACUGUUGAUAAUCCCAGUAGAUGGCAGUCACUGGCUGAGCAUGGUCGGGGUCAUCCAGCAGCUGCAGAAGAGAGGACAUGAAAUGGUGGUCAUAACACCUGAAGCAUCAAUUCAUAUAAAAGAAGCAUCAUUUUAUUCCUUGAAGAAGUAUCCUGUACCAUUCCAAAAGGAGGACCUAGAAACCUCUUUUGCCGAACUUGGGUUUUAUGCUUUUGAGAACGUGCCUUUCCUGCAGGGCGUGGCCAAAAUGUAUGAGAAAGUCCAAAAGGACUCUGCCGUGCUUCUGUCUGGCUGCUCCCAUCUACUACACAACAAGGAGUUCAUGGCCUCCCUGGUGGAGAGCGACUUCGAUGCUGUGCUGACAGACCCUUUCCUGCCUUGUGGUUCCAUCGUGGCCCAGUACCUAGAUCUGCCAGCUGUGAACUUCUUGAAUGCACUGCCUUGCGGCCUGGACUUAAAAGCUACCCAGUGCCCCAGCCCACUGUCCUAUGUGCCCAGGGCUCUGUCUUCAAACUCAGAUCACAUGACCUUUCUGCAGCGAGUGAAGAACAUGCUCAUUGCCUUGUUGGAGAACUUUCUGUGCAGUAUGGUUUAUUCCCCUUACGCAGCACUCGCUUCACAAGUCCUUCAGAGAGACCUGACUCUGCAGGACCUUCUGAGCUCAGCCUCAGUCUGGCUGAUGAGAAAGGACUUUGUGAAGGAUUACCCCAUGCCCAUCAUGCCCAAUAUGGUUUUUGUUGGUGGGAUCAACUGCCUUCACACAAAGCCAAUCUCCCAGGAAUUUGAAGCCUAUGUCAACGCCUCUGGAGAACAUGGAAUUGUGGUUUUCUCUUUGGGAUCAAUGGUCUCAGAGAUUCCUGAGAAGAAGGCUAUGGAAAUUGCUGAUGCCUUGGGCAGAAUACCCCAGACGGUCCUGUGGCGCUACACCGGAACUCCUCCAUCCAAUCUCGCGAAGAACACGAAACUUGUCAAGUGGUUACCGCAGAAUGACCUGCUUGGUCACCCGAAGACGCGCGCCUUCAUCACGCAUGCUGGCUCCCACGGCGUUUACGAAGGCAUAUGCAACGGGGUACCGAUGGUGAUGAUGCCCUUGUUCGGUGAUCAGAUGGACAAUGCCAAGCGCAUGGAGACGCGGGGAGCUGGCGUGACCCUGAAUGUCCUUGAGAUGACUUCUGAUGAUUUGGCAAAUGCCCUAAAAGCCGUCAUCAAUGACAAAAGCUACAAGGAGAACAUCAUGCGCCUCUCCAGGCUCCACAAGGACCGCCCCAUUGAGCCGCUGGACCUGGCUGUGUUCUGGGUGGAGUUCGUGAUGAGGCACAAGGGGGCCCCGCACCUGCGCCCCGCCGCGCACGACCUCACCUGGUACCAGUACCACUCCCUGGAUGUCAUUGGCUUCCUCCUGGCCAUCGUGCUGGGAGUGGCAUUUAUCGCCUUUAAAUGUUGUGCCUACGGCUGCCGGAAAUGCUUUGGGAAAAAGGGGAGCGUGAAGAAAGGCCACAAAUCCAAGGCACAUUGA